AAGGUAUUGGAUAAUAUGAUUUAUAGAAAAUAUAAUACCAAAACAACAGAAAUGGAUGUUAAACUAGUAUGGAAUAAACUAAAAAACAUUUAUAGAUCAAAAUUAUUAUCUACAGAACUAAGUUGGAUUGAUCUCGAUACUAGAAAGUCAGCUAUUGAGAAACUUGAUGCAAUGAAAUUGGAAAUCAACUCUUAUACUAAAGACGACUUCGCCAAGGAGUUUGCCAACUUGACAAUUAAUGGUGAGGAUUAUGUUGAAAAUAUUAAGAAUAUGUUAAAUUGGAGUGCCUCUCAAUUACUUAUUAAAUUACGUGAACCACCAAAACCAAUGGAAGCAGGCGAAUUACUUUCAUAUACCCCUGCAAAUAUUAUUAUUGAAAACACAAUAAAAGUGCCAGUAUCACUAUUACAGCCUUAUUAUCUAUGGGCUGCCAUUUAUCCAAAUGCUUUAAAAUUUGGAACUUUGGGCACGUUAGUUGGUCAUGAGAUGGUACAUGGUUUUGAUGACACAGGUCGAAGAUAUGACAAGGAUGGAAAUAGUAGAGAUUGGUGGGAUGAACUAUCUACAAAAAUAUUCACGGCAAAAACUAAAUGCUUCUCUAAUCAAUACAGUAAAUACAUAUACGGUGGACGUUACCUACCAGAAAGUACUGCACAGUCUGAAAAUAUUGCUGACAAUGGCGGAAUACGUUUGGCAUAUGAAGCUUAUUUGAAUUGGUAUGAGGAUGCAGUGCGCUCUGGGCAAAAUUUAGAAUUUGAAACAUUACCGACAUUGAAUUAUACAAGUAAACAAUUAUUUUUUAUAACAUAUGCACAAUUGUGGUGUAGUGAUAGUCAUCCAAAAAUAAGAGAUUUGCAGACAUCAACAGACUCACAUGUGCCUUCAAUGUUUAGAGUAAUUGGACCACUUUCAAAUAUGGUAGAAUUCUCGAAGGAAUUCAACUGUGAACUAGAUUCUCAGAUGCAUCCGUCAAAUAAAUGUGCAAUUUAUUAGAAAAUUUAAUAAUAUUUCAAUUUAUAUA